UGUAGGGCUGUAAAGUACCUUGGGAUGAACACCUGGGGAGGUGCCAGGCACAACGGUAGUCCCUCUCCGCCGAACCACGGAUAAGACUGCGUCACUUACAGGUUGGUGGGGACGUAUUUACCACGUCUGGGGGUGGCAGGGAGAGAAAAUGUAGCUGAUCAGCUGCCAUCCCUUAAAACUUCUCCGUUUCACUGGACUCCAGGAGGCCGAGUGGAUUUAUGACCUCACGAAAUCAGCAGCUGGAAUAUGACGUCACCAGCUUGUGGGCCGGAUAGUGGUGCAACAUUCCAAAAAGAAUACAACAUCAAUUUUAUUUACGAUUCCACAGUUCAGAUAGCGACCGCUUUUCCACCUCUUCUCCAGGCUCUUUUGGAGAUAUUUCACCGAAAAGACAUAUCCAAGAAUACGACAAACUUAUCCAUGACCUUGUGAACUCUGGGCACGAUGUCAGUGCUAGAACUUACCACGGGCUUACGCCGCUCCACCUGGCGGUCUAUGACGGCAACAUGGCUGCGCUCCAAACCAUUCUGGACUGUGAUUCAGAUGUGAACUGUGCCACGUACAGACACGGUCUUACCCCACUGCAUAUCGCUACAGCGCUGGACCGGAAGGACAUGGUGCAAGUUCUUCAGAAACAUGGGGCUGACCAGGGACAACGGGACAAAGAUGGCUGGUUGUCCAUACAUUACGCUUCUCAGUCAGGAUUUGACAGAGUCGCAAGAAUAUUUGAACUACUGAAGGUCCAUCCAAAGAUUAACGAGGUUAGAAUGGAAACAAUGUCAUUGGCCAGUCUAGAAAGCUAUCAGUCCAUUGGUCAGUCCAGCUACACCGGAAGUUACCACUCGAUGUGCAGCAGCAAACCUCCUCCUGACUUGAAGAGAAAGUACGGAAGGGCCUUCACACAACAUAGGGCUACUCAAGCAGCAGGAACGUGUGGUGCCAACUGCUUCUUGUCUCCUGCAAUUGACGAAAUCUUUGCACUAUUUGACCGAUCAAAAGAUGGGAAAAUCUCUAUGGCGGAGCUAACGGAAGUGAUUCAGUUCUUGAAAAUCCCGGCAACCCCUGCGGAGAUCGAAGCCAUGGUGCGUGCUGUGGAUGUUAAUGAGAACGGAGUGGUGGACUACGAGGAGUUUUUGGAACUUAUCAACCGCAAUGAAACAGAUCUCAGCGCACCCUCCUCCGACCUUCCCGGCAUCCUGUUCGACAUAUUUGACGCCGACGGAAACGGAAUUAUCGAUCGAGGGGAGAUAACUCGCGUGAUGAAAAACCUUGGGGUCACCGUCAAUGAUGAAGAUCUCACGGAAAUGUUACGAGAAGCUGACAUCAAUGGCGACGGCCAAAUCGACAAGACAGAGUUUGAGAAGCUGUUUGAGAAUCUCAAGCCUUCCUUACCGUGAUCGUUCAGCUACCUGGUGAUUGGCAGGGGAAACAAGGCGGAGAACUUAAGCAUGAGCAGUCAUGGGAUGAUUUCCAUAAAUUACGCAACCUUAGAAUGUAUUUUAAAGUGAAUUUGAUAUUUUUUGGUAUAUUUUUACACAUUUUGAGUUUUGGAGCUCUCACACCUCUAACUGGGAUUCAGUCUUUAUGCUGUGGAAAGAUCUUUAUAAUUAUGAUGGUUAUGUCAAGUUCGGUCAUUAGAGAAUUUAAAUUUUAACUUAGGUUUCAGCCAGUUUUAAUACGGUUGCCCUGAAACACAGUUUCGCCACGAUAUGGCUGAAAUAUUGCCGAUGUGGCCUUAAACCAUAAUUAUCUAUUCGUUCUAAGAUCAGAUAGUUUGGUGUAUAAGCUAAUCUCUCGUCUUAUUUUGAUCAUUUGAUCAUUUGACAAUUUGAGUUAACUCAUAAUUUGCGCACAACUUUUCAGCCUAUUAAAGAGAGGGCGAUAUUUACUGAUUAAACAUGCAACAGAUACCCCUUUACAAUAGGACAGUUUCGAGUUUGAACUGUUUUAUUGCGAAAGGCAAAUAAGUCAUGUAGUCAUAGGCGCCGGACAAAAAGUUUCACCAAAAGUUAUUUGGAGUAGAUAAAAAAUGGGAAAUCAUGAACGUGCUGAACAUGUGUGAACUUAAGAACUUACUGAAGAAACGAAAGGUUAUUUGUGUCUCUGGACGAAAUGUUAUUUGUGUCUCUGGAUUACAGUGGUACAGGUGAUCAAUACCUUAAUGUCAACAAAAGUUUCCUAAAAUUUUUGACAAGUUCUUAAGUGUCAAAAAAAGUUCGAACUCAAAACACACCUAUUAAAGCGCAUGCUGUGUAUGCUACAUGAAGAUAACUGCCAUGGCAACCAGAAAUUUUAGGUAUUACGUGACUACAUGUACGUUUAAACGCCAUACUAUAAGCGUAAAUGUGUUAACUUUAACACAACGGAAAGUUAAGACUAUUUGUUGAUAUGAAGAAAACUCUACUUUUGAGACGACAGCCACUUCUUGUCACAUGAUUGUACGUCCACAUCUCAUUGGCUGCUAUCGUUAUCCUAAUAUACUCGAAUAGAUAACCUUGUGUCUCUAUGAUAGAAUGGGCUGUUCCUAGCAUUCGGUGUUUAGUGUGUUCGUAUUUAUUCUCAGCAUUUGCCUGGUGUAUAUUUACUGUAUUGAUGUUAACAUUUUUGGACCAUUUUUUUUAUAUAUUAUUUUAUGUAAUUGUGCCUCCCUUAGUAUUUCAAAAUGUUAGAAUUUUUUUUUUCAUCAUUUCAUCUGUUUUUUUAUCUCAUGGAAAUACGCAAUCAAUUGUUGAAAAAUAAAAAGAAGAUGUUGCAGAGUGAAGGCUGAAUAUCAUAAAUAUUUUUCAAGUGAGAGGCACCUUUCACGAGAAAAACAUUUAUGAUAUUCAACUUUCACUUUGCAGCUUUCUAUUUAUUGUUUAUAUUUUGAGUAAGUG